GUGUGUGCUUACAUUGAUGCUAUUUUUAUUCAUGUUUGGGCUGUCGCUCCGUUGAUUCGAAUUGUCCAUGAAAAAUCUUGAAAUUCGGACAAAAUGACGACUGUGUCCGUCACCAGAGCAAAGUCAGAGUACAUUCAACCCUCCACAACAACACAGGGAGAUAAUAGUGGCCAACAGCAACCAUCUCCUCUUGCUUUGCUGGCAGCUACAUGUAGUAAGAUAGGAUCUCCGCCCGAAGAAGCGGUGAACACGGCAACAACCACUGCCAUCCGGUUCGUGGGGCAGAAUCAGAGCUUCCAACCGGCAGAAACACAAAUUUGUGUGGGAGCCAAUGGCGUAAUUGCCAUCCCUGCUGCACAGCAACAGACACAAUUCCAGACCAUCUCUGCUUUUCCCGUUCAGAUAGGUGCACCGCCAAUCGUUCAACCGCAGCAACAGCAAGUUAUAGAGACGAACAAACAGGUAACGACUAGCAACACAGCCAACGUUCUGAACUGGAAUCCCCAGCAGCAGAUUGUACAGCCGGCUCAGAUUUUGACAGCUGCAGCAGCCAACUCUAACACCAGCAAUGCCGCAGCAGGAACGGGCAAUGUCCAGUACAACAUCAUCCCUCAGAUUCAGUUGGACGCAGAUGGCAAUAUUAUUGCCAAUCAGAUUGCCAGUGCUAUUAACCAGUCACCAGCUAUCAUUCGAUCCCCAGCGCCAAACAUUGCAAGCCUUGCCCUCCAGAAUGGGCAACUCAUCCAGACACAGGCGAGUCCAAUCGUACAGAACAUUGGCACUGCACCCCGAGUUGCUUCUCAACCGAUAACAUUCCAACUGGCACCCAUGGUUAACACUGCAGGGAAUGUGACUGAUCAGCAGCAGCAGCAAGUGUACAGCAUAGUUGCUGCAUCACCCAUACAACAAGAUUUCACAAAUACCGUUCAGCUCCAGCCACAGCAAUUUCAAGCACAAGCACAGCAGAUAGUAACAACGGACCAGACUUUGCAACAGCAGAACCAACAGCCUCAACAACCCCAGCAGAUCUCUGUGGCACAGGUCGUCCCACAGCAGCAGCAGCAGCAAGUGCACCAACAGCAACAGGUCGUAAUUCCUCAGCAGUCAACUCCAAUCCCUGUCAGUAUCAACAUGGCACAACCAGUUCAACUCCAACAACAGCCUCAGCAGAGUACAGUGGCCAUUCAACAGCAGUCACAACAAAUCACUAACAUCCAAGCUAGCUCAGCGCAGCCACAGCAGCAACAGCAACAGAGCUUUACUGUGCAACCUGUCCAACAGACAUACACCAUCCAACAAGGUACCGGGCUACCCAUUAUCAACACUUCACAGCAGACAUUCACUAUCCCUGCCCAGGCUGCAACAGGUCAACAGGCCAUCCAGAAUAUCAUCCUACAACCACAGAAUAAUGUCCAGACUAUCCAAUUGCAAGGGCAACAGCAGAUGGCUACAAUACUGCCAGGUCAGAUCUUAACAGCCCUGCGUUCCCCCAACAACACUCUCAACAUCCAAGGUGUGCAAAUACAGGGAUUAAGCAUCUCAGGAGCAGUGUCGCAACCACAACAGAUACUGACCACGACUGCAGGAACAGGGAACGUGGGUUCGGUUGCGGCAACACAGGUGGUCACUGCAUUACCCAGUAUCAACUUGUCAACUGGAGGUAACAUGGUGCCUAUGGGAGUACAGAUUCAACAGAUGCCUACAACAACCGCAGCAUCAUCAAAUGCAAGGGCUGCUUCUGUAACCGCUUCCCAGCAAGCUAAUGCCAUCCAAGACAAGAAAUGGCAGGGACAGACACAGGUCAUUGCCCAGGUACAGCCUAGUGCUACACUAAGUAUGGACAAUUCGUUUGGUGGAUCAGAUGAAGAGGACAAUCAAGGCCAAUCUACUCAGCCGACACAGAAAAGACUGCGACGGGUGGCAUGCACGUGUCCUAACUGCAAAGACAGUGAAGGAAGGAAUUUAAAUGCUGAAGGUCGCAAGAAGCAGCACAUCUGUCACAUUUCAGGAUGCGGUAAGGUUUACGGUAAGACGUCCCACCUCCGGGCACAUCUGAGAUGGCACACAGGAGAGAGACCCUUUGUCUGCAACUGGUUGUUCUGUGGCAAGCGAUUCACAAGAUCAGAUGAACUACAGAGGCAUCGGCGGACCCACACAGGGGAGAAACGUUUUCCCUGCCCUUAUUGCUCCAAGCGCUUCAUGCGGAGUGACCACCUGUCCAAACACGUCAAGACGCACAAUAAUAAGAAGGGAAAAGAUGGGGAUUUCGAAGAAGGCUCGGUGGCUCUUGACAGUAGUGAAGUGGUGUCCACACCUGACAAUGAAACACUCACAAAUGCAGUGGUCUUACAGAUGGGUGAUAGAACCCUAGAUGCCAGUUAGUGGCAACCAUUUGAUUGGUUUGUUUAUGCUUAAUUUGUGAAAGACGACAGUUCAUUUGUGUUUUGAGGCUUGAUAUUUGGGAUGCCUAGGCUAAACCUGUCUUUCCAUAUACAUGUAUAUUCUUGGUAUAAAGAAGUGAAGAAGGUAAACAGCUUCAUCAGGUAAUGGAAACUUAAACUUCGGAAACUGCAUUUUUCUUGAUUAAGUUGUAACAGUUGAGAUAACAACUACAUGUAUAGUUAUUGCUUUUAAAAGCAAUCACUGUCCAAAAUUAGGAUUUUUUGUACUAACUCAUUUCAAGAUACACAGCAUUGGAUACAUACAGCAACAUAAUUGACCUUAAAUGACCAUGCAAUGAAAUUUCAAAUGAUUGUAGCUGUAUUUUUUUCUCUUGUAACUACACUGUAAAUAACAAAUCUGAAAUAUUUGUAAAUACAUUAAGAAAAAGCCAGAUUAUGCUGUACAGAACUUGCCUCUAAAUUCUUAUCAAACAUUAACAACUGUAUACAUGUACAUGUAUAAACUUUUUUCAAAUCUUGAAAACAAAUGCAUGGAAUUAGAUGUAUCAUUUGCUGUCCCAGUCCUUUGUAAUUAUGUUCACAUAUCUUUAUCUUGAACUGGAUCGUUUUAUUGACCGUUAUUAAGUGUAAUUGCUCAAUAACCCCUCUUCUGAAGGAGUUUCCACCUUCACAAUUUAUACAAUGCCUCACUUUGAAAUCUGAAAACUUGUCAAACAAUUUGGGAGGCUGAAAUUUUUCUUGUUUUUGAAGGUACAUGUACAGAUAUUGUUUUGAGUUUCAAAAAGUGAAAUAAAGUGAAAGUCAAGGAGAAUGUUUGCUAUCCUAAGCAAAUCUGGAAUUAUUCUUCCCACUCAUUAAAGAUUUUAUGUGCAAAAUUUUAAAUCGGGAACACAAUUGGAUAUUUAUCUGCUUUUUAUCAUCCAAGCUUUUUUUCUUAUUGCAACAUUAUAGUUUCAAUGUUUUCUGCUGGAAUGUAUGCAGUAUUCUUGCUUUCAAGUAUUUAUGAAUGAAGCUGGUUUGUAAACUCUCAAAUGUGUGUACAUUAUGUGUGAUGUACUUAUAUAGUUACAUUAUACAAUAAUACCACUUGAACAGACAAAUUGA